UUCAAAGGUCAUACUUUAUUGCUCAAGAUUUUCUUAGCAUACACUGAAAACAAUUCUUACAAUUGAGAGAGUUAUUUGUUUAGAAGGGAGAUUACAGCCGUUGUCUGCAUAUUAUAAUCUUACAAAACAGAAUUAUCCUAAAUUGUAUGAAGUGUUGGGACAAAGUAGCAUUUACGCCUACCCAAACAGAACAAAAACCAGGUAACUACAAAUGUAGCAGCUUAUUGGGUACAUCAGAAAUCAAGACUCAUCAGACCAGGCAACAUUCUUCCAGUCUUCAACUGUCCAAUUUUGGUGCAGAGAACAGGACAGGAGAGGAGCUGAACCCUGAAGUACCUUUAAUCAACGGACUACAUUCAAAUAUUAUUCAUGUGCUUUAUUGACUGGUUGUUUAUAAAAAUUGUUAUCUUCAACAUGGUGCAGCUGCUUUGCUUUCACCUCAAACAACAUUGGGCCAUGUAUAUGUUGAGGCCGAUAAGGAAAAGUUUCUUGACCCAAAUGAAAUUCCUUGUCUUUGAAAAUAAAUUGUGUCAUUGUUCCAGACAUUCAGUAGAUUCAGUCGGUAUCAGCUACCAUGCCGAAACAAUUAAUGGGAGGAAAUACAGAGAUAAAAAUCAGACAAAUCAAAUGAUUCUCUCAAAAAUUAACCAUAUUUUAAAAUCGAAUGAGUACAGUUAUAAAGUCAAUGGAAAUCAUGGACGAAACUCUGUAAAUGUGGUUUCACGGUUUGACAGCAACAUUUUGCCGUCAAAUACUCCGAGUGAGGACCGCAGAAGUGCAGCGACAUGUCUCCAGAGUAGAGGAAUGCUUUUUGGGGUAUUCGAUGGACAUGCAGGUUAUGCAUGUGCCCAGGCUGUCAGUGAAAGGCUGUUCUACUACAUUGCUGUGGCUCUACUCCCAGUGAAAACCUUAGCUGACAUUGAGGAUGCAGUUGAGAAUGAAAGGCCGGUAUUACCCAUGCUUCAGUGGCACAAGCACCCAAAUGACCACAGUAGCACAGAAUCUGGAAAGCUUUACUUCAACAGCUUAAGGACAUACUGGCAAGAAAUAAUUGACCUAGAAGAAGAUGCAAAUGAGGCCAGAGAUGUUGAAGCGGCUUUGAUUAACGCAUUCAAGAGGUUGGACAAUGACAUUUCAGUUGAAGCCCAGGUGGACUUUGGGGAGUCCACCUCCCACUUCAACCCUCUUAAGGUGGCUCUGUCAGGUUGUACCGCAUGUGUGGUCCAUGUGGAUGGAAAUGACUUGCAUGUGGCUAACCUGGGAGAUAGCAGAGCUGUGCUGGGAGUUCAAGAGGAAAACGGGACUUGGUCAGCACACACCAUCAGUUAUGACCACAAUGCCCAGAACUCAGACGAGUUGCAGAGGGUUCUUAGUGAGCACCCUCUACUCGAACGCAAGACAGUAGUCAAACAUGACAGGCUAUUGGGCCAACUCAUUCCUUUUAGAGGGUUUGGGGAUAUGGGUUUUAAAUGGAGUGGUGAAAUGUUGAAUCGUGUGUAUGAAACAAAACAUGACAUUUUGUCAGCCAAUGAGUUUGCAAAGAGGCUCCCUCCUAACUAUCUCACACCACCGUAUCUCAUUGCUCAACCAGAGGUAACGCACCACUCGCUGCGGCCAAAGGACAAGUUUUUGAUCUUGGCCACUGAUGGACUUUGGGAGCUAAUGCACAGGCAGACUGUGGUGCAAGUCAUAGGAGAACAUCUGACUGGUCUACACUGGCAGAAACCUUUAUUUGGCCACUCCUUGACACUUGGACAGAUGCUCAGGUUGCUCCAGGAGAGGAAAAGCAGAGCCAUUUCAGACUUCGAGGACGAGAACUGUGCUACACAUCUGGUCCGCUAUGCGUUAGGGAGUGAUGGGUUUGGUACUGUAGAGCCAUGGCGCUUGUCAAAAAUGCUCAGCGUGCCUCAGGAUCUGGCAAGAAUGUACAGGGAUGACAUAACAAUUGUUGUAAUCCAUUUCAAUUGUGCUUAAGAUUAUGGAUUUCAUGGAGCCAUGGUGCUCUGGCAACUCUUGUCAUACACACUUUAGUUCCAAGUAGAAGUAAUGACAAAAUUUCAAGAGCUGAUAAACGUUACUUUCUGGUAAAAAAACAACUCUAAAUUGCUGAGGUUUAGAGGCCACUAACCUUUGAGGACAGAAACUCAAGUAAAUGGUACAAAUAUUAUAGAAAUAUAGAAAUAUCAUAUAUGCUGUAUACAUCAUUUUCUUGUAUUCCUAUUUUGAUUAUUUAACUAUAAUAUUAUCUAUAACAGUUUAGCCACAAUGCCUUCAUAUAAAAAAAUACAUAUUUGCUCAUAAGGUGUGCUUAUUUUUGUCAUUGAAAAUGUUUAGAAAUUAAAUGCACAACCCACCACUCAUAUGUUGCCGUGUCAUGUUCAAUUCGUUUGUGUGUUGUGUACAUGUCGUCUGUAUCAACUUGUAAGAAAAAAUGUGUGCACUACCCGUGCACUCCAAUCUGCCACUUCAUGUCUUUUGGCUACAAUCUAUGGCUUUGAGUUUUUGUCAUGUCACACUUUUUGUAGAUGCUAUUGAAUUUCUAAGCCUAAACUAAAACAUUUGCAAAAAAUUACUAAAAACCUAAAAGCAAUAGAUUAUAGCCCAUCCUCCCCGAGUCAGAAUAUAUCACGUUUGUUGUUAUGGCACUUUUUGGAGACGCUAUUGCAUUUUUAAGGUUCUAACCACAAUAAAAUAAAAUAAAUUGGAAACACAAACAAAUGUAAAAAAUCUGAAUUAUACAUUGAAAUACACUGUAAUCCUAGAAGAGGCCAAGAUUAUAUGUGAGAGAUUAUUUAAAAUGUUUUUAUUUUUUUAUGUAGACAUGGUCCAUGCUAAAAAGAUUAAUGCCUGCCCACUCCAGAUUACAAAGUGAAUUACACAUUGAAAAGUGUGGAUUGUAGUCCACCUUUAACUGAUCAAGAACACAUACUUUUCGUUGUCCUGAAUUAGUUGGUUUUGAUGGGCGAAU